UACGGCCGACAUGCGCUCGCCCCGGACGACAGCCGCGCGUCGAGGUGUGGUUCGGGCCAGGGUACGACGCUGAGCGGCUCCGCCAUGGCGCCGCGACGGUCUUCCACCGCGCCGCCGCACCGACAACGCUGGGCAACAACGUCGUCGUCAACUUGGUGGUCUACCGUCGUGCUCGUGAUGGUCUUCAUCCUCUUGUGCUUCUGCUGUCUGCCUCCGGGAUCAGAGGCAGUGGGCUCCGACAACGUGGCCAAACGCAAACCGGGCCGAGGCCGAGGAUCUAGAUGGUGGGGCCUGGCGUCGGGAGGCCCCGAGGAGCCCAACAACGCGGUGGUGGCGACGGCGCUGGGCAGCGCCGUGAUGAGCGGCACGCAGCUCCAGCUGAGCGUGCCGCUGCGACGGAAGCAGCGCGGACUGGUGCGAGCCAACCCCGGUUCCCUGCAGGCCAUCGCGCGCGGCAUGCGCCUGGCCAUCGCCGAGUGCAAGCACCAGUUCAGAAAUCGGCGCUGGAACUGCCCCACGCCCGAGUACAUGCGUGGCAAGUCGCUCUUCGGAAAGAUCGUCCAGAGGGGCUGCCGCGAGACGGCGUUCGUGUACGCCGUGACGAGCGCGGGCGUGGCGCACGCUGUAUCGCGGGCCUGCAGCGAAGGCGCCAUCGACACCUGCACCUGCGACUACCGACAGCGGGGUCCCCCCUCGGGUCUCGACUGGCAGUGGGGCGGCUGCUCGGACAACGUCCAUUUCGGCUACAAGUUCGCGCGAGCCUUCGUCGACGCCGCCGAGAGGGGACGGGACCUGCGAUUCGUCAUCAACCUGCAUAACAACGAGGCCGGGAGGCUGCAGGUGACGACCGAGACGCGGCGCGAGUGCAAGUGUCACGGCAUGUCCGGCAGCUGCACGGUGAAGACGUGCUGGAUGCGGCUUCCUUCGUUCCGCGACGUGGGCAACCAGCUCAAGGAGCGCUUCGACGGCGCCUCUCGGGUGCUGCUCAGCAACCAGGGCAACAUCCGGGGCUUCCGGGGCCGCCGGCGCAAGGGGCAGCCGCGCUCGUUCCACCUGAAGCCAUUCUACCCGGACCACAGGCCGCCGUCGCGCAAGGACCUCGUGUACUUUGAGAACUCGCCCGACUUCUGCGUGCCCAACGCGCGGCUCGGCGUGCACGGCACCCGCGGCCGCCACUGCAAUGAGUCGUCGGCAGGGGUGGACGGCUGCGAGCUCAUGUGCUGCGGUCGCGGCCACCGCACCGAGGUCCGCGAGGACCUGGAGCGUUGCGCCUGCACGUUCCACUGGUGCUGCCAGGUCAAGUGCAAGGUGUGCAAGGUUCGUCGAACCGUCCACACGUGCCUGUGAACGACCCGCCGCUGCCGGAACACCGGACACAAGCGUGCGCGACUGACUUGCUGAGUCAUCGGAGUGAUUUGGCGUAACGUUACCGCUCUACAGUUAGCGCUACUGUCCGGGGCACUUUACACGUGCAAGCUGAGCCCCGCCAGGAGCACGUUCGGUGGGGCUUAGCUAGCCUGUGCAAAGCUGAUAGAUGACCGAACUGGUGGCAGUGAAGCUGAGCCUGUAGCUGUUUUCUAAAUCACUCUACUGAGUUCGUGCGGACUGGUCGGUACAUGAACUGCAGGGUACAAGGCUUACCUUGGCUGGUUUCUACGUUUGAAGGCCGCGUCGAGACAGCACGUUGCAAAACAGACACGCACGUGACAGACUUCUCACCUCGAUCUUCUGGUCUGCGUGUCACCGCGUCCUCCCGCGUGCAUCCGUGGACCUUCGCACGGGAAACUACAGUGCAUCGUACAUCGACGAACGAAAUGACCCCGUGUGACUUUGCGGCGAUGUGUUCUGAACUUGGUGGAUCUCUAUCGCUGGAGGUGACGGUCUCGUAGUGCGCCGGGAACUGCUGGAAAGUGGGAGGCACCCCUUCGCUCCUUCGCUUACAUGCACAGGCGCUUGAAGUUUCGAGCGCUCUCAGACUCUUCUCGUCAAUAGGGCUCGCCAAUUGUACGACGAGUGAACACGCGUCCUCGCGCAGCGUUUGUCGACGGACCUUGCCGGUGAGCUGUGGUGAAAUGUGGCUGUCCCGAUCGAAAGUGCGAGACGAGCAUUCGGUGACAGCCUGUGUUUAUAAUGGACCGAGUGAGGUAAAUUGUGAAUAAGGUGCUUCCUAUAUAGGGGCACUUGGUAAGAGUUUGGAAAGUGCUUUCUUCUUCCUUCCUGCUCGACACGCGUAAGCACUCGUGUAACAAAUUGUGAAGCGAGGGAUAAUGUGCCAUUCGUUUACACCUAUAUAGGAGGACCUACUUCCACUGAAAGAUAACUUGUUUUGCGAGCACACAGCCAGUUGGAAUGUUCAGAACGCGCGCGACGUGACUCGUGGUACUUCAUCGAACCACUUUCAAUGUACACGAAACUGGGAAAGAAAACUGCUUACAGGGGCACUGAGGAUGAGUUUCGAUAUAUUGGCAGAUAAAGUUUCAGGCACAGCAAAUCGGUCAACCUCAUCGGGAACAGGAUCUGGACAAUGCCGGAAAGAACACACAAAAAACAACAAAAAAGGACAGACGUAUGGCAACGCCUCCUUGAUAUUUAUGCACCAGCACCGAAUGAUGUCGCGAAUUUCGAUUGCAGUUGCUGCCGGAUAGAAAAUUGAGCAGUAUUCAUUAAAGAAGUAUUUAUGCUAGGACUGUUCCUAUGAGUAAAUGCCGGCUAAUCGGGAUAUCGUAAACAUUAUUGUCGGAGGUGGCCGGCCAAUAGCAAACAACAUUUACGUACAAAAGCCGACAUGAAUUUGGCGGCCGCCUGUCUAGCGAAUAAAAAAUAAAGCGUAGACUGCAUCCAACAGUAAACAUAUAAUAUACGUGCUAACCUUUGGAAACUUUUUCUGCACAAAUAAGGCCAAAAUUCGUGGAACUGCUGUUUGUGACGUUAGGCUAACGUCACCGGCACCGCAAUUUAAACGCGAAGUUUUAAAAAAAGAAAGUCAUUUUGUGCCCUAGUAAACAACCUUUCCCCGCCAAAGAAACAAAAAUUAAGUGUUCUGAAAGGUUACUCUGUCCAUGUGAACUGCUUUAAAUGUUCCUCUUGAGUGCGUGUUUAAAGCAUGCCGUACCAGAGCUUGCGCAAACCAAAACACUGAAAGAGAAGUUGAUUUUUUUCUCUCUCUCCCUCUCUCUUUUUCUCUUUUCGAGCACCUAAUUGAGCGACCCACAUGCAACAUCUCAGGAUAUAGCACACUUGUAGACAGAUAUUAUCGUGCGUGCGUGGAUUUGUACCGACCUCCCCGUGACAAUGUUUCACGUUAUCUGGGCCCGUACUCUUUUUUUUUUUUUUUCAUCCUCUUAGAGAUAUUUAUCGGCGACGUUGGCAAAUGACGUCUUAGUGCUCUACGUAUACAAAGAAACAAAAUAUUGAACACGAAAAACAGCGUACGACGAGCUCUAACGAGGUGCUAGUAGGUUGGUCAGUGGUGAUUUAUUGUUGUGAGCAUUUCCUGCGUGCAUCCCUGAGAAGCGCGCCACCCCCUAACCUUCCUGUGAAGUGUCUUUCCUAUUUGAGCGUGCUCACCAGCGAAGCGUGCUUUACCAGAAACUUCGCUGCGUAGCACACACUGUUCGCGCGAUGGAAUCAAAUCGUCUACGUCUGAGCUGUUCGAUGGCUCGUUGCUAUUUUCUGUUUAGAUUAAACCGCAGCUAUCAGCUAUAGCGGUUAUCGCACGAUGUGGAAAAUGUUUAAAGACGGGCUGAUGGGCGCGAACUGACUGGUGCAGUUCGACAGACCCAUUCAAGCGGUGCAGUAUAUCAUUACUCGGAUGCAUGCGCGUUAACUUAUUAUUAUUAUUAUUAUGAAUAUACUAUGUACAUACUCAAUAUGGUCAUUCAGCUCUCUCUCUCUCUCUUUUUUUUUUCUUUACAUGCUUUCAGAACGCUAUGUAGUCGUCCUCACUCAUCUUUUUUUUUUUAUCAGCAUGGACUUCAUAAUUGUGUGCUCGCCUACACUUUUCCCGAUAAAGAAGAGGGCGCAGAGUAUUGGGUUAUGAUAACAGUACACUCCUCAAAUGUCUGAAGCAAGUACUGUUUGCCUCAUACUAGGGAGCGUAAUAGUGUUCAGUUACCAUGCCCAUGCAGGAUCGACCCAUAAUAACCUUUAAGACUGGCAUUGAUAAGUCACGAACACAUCAAGGGUCAGUUCUGAUGAUGCGCUGAUCAAGUGACAAUGUGACAAGUUUAAGUUGAGGUGAUACUUCAUCCUUAGUUUAGGCGAUAACAAUAGAGGCGAAGCUAGAUACAGUACCGAAUGAUACGAAUUCCGCAUAAGAGGCGACGUCAGGUACGCCAUAAAAGCGCCACGCGAGAGGCCUGGUUAUCUAUAAGUGUUCCAUCAGCAGCGAACGUGUGACAAAAUUACGUGUUACUUUGUCACUGCAGAAAAUUGAUUCUGUUCAACAUAGUCAGCACGCUGUGCGUUCCUUCUUCUCUCUCUCUUUUUUUUCUUUCUUUCUUAUUGUUAGGAAUAUGUCCUUCAGAGACGCAUACUUCACUCAUUCAAUCGAUCGGCGAAAGGAUGAAUCAAUCAAUCAGUUACAUUCAAUCAAUUUCUUCUGUUGCGACAGAUUUAUUUGUUUUGAACAAUGCGUUUUUCGCCCGUGCAAUAAGCGACGCCUGGUGAAUGAACAAAAGUGUUUGGGGAGUUUUAGGAGAUGUACGCGAAGGCCAGUUAAUGUUUGGGUCAUGUAAUGCGUGAAUGCAGCUACGCCAGCUGCUGAAAACCAAAGCUGCUAUAUAUGUCUGUUUACGCCGAGCAGUCGUAGUGUAUAUCAAAUUGCAUUCAUUGUAGCCCCUUUGCUAUGGAAACGGGGCCCUGCGUGGUCACCAGUUCACCUAACUUAUUCUUGUUUUGUGAAUCGUGUCGCAAACCCGAAACGUGCCAUCAGUGACAUGUGAAUGUAUCACCUAGCAUUCGAUCGUUGAUUGUUCUUCUCUUGCACUGUAUGUCUUGCUGAAUGUUUCUUCAGACAGACAAAGCUACUCUGUCUAACUUCACGCGCUUUUCUCAGGCGAAUUACGUGCACUACCAAAUAUUUCUGCGUGCACAAUGUUCCUCUUAUCAAAACGACGUCCGCCUUAUCAACUUUUAUGUCAUAAGGUGAUGCAGGCAUCAGUAUAUACAUGGUGUUUCAGCGAACACUUUCAGAUAUUUUUAAAAAUUGCCUGUGGCAGGCAGCACCAUUCUAGUCCAUGAGCUUCUCUACUCGAAAAGGCGGACAUUAUUUGCAAAAAAAAAUUGAAAUGCGUGAUCGACUAAUUACCAAAAAUUUACUAAUAACGUUUUUAACUAAUUACCUUAUGGCACAUAUUUCAAUUUACAAAUUCUAGUGGGUGAGACUGCAAGGCAUAUCCACUUGAAAAAAAUUGCAUGGAUAACACCAUUUACGAAACAUGCGGUAAAAAUUCACUGUCAUUCCACUUACUUUCUUAACAAAACGUCGUUUUAUGCAUUGAAGCAUAAAAGUAACUGGAACGCCAAUGCAUUUCUCCGUACAAUUCAGGAAUGAAUAUCUCAAAGCUAGUGUUCAUCCUGAGAAUUCGUACCAAGUGGAUCCGCCUUGGGAACUCCCCGGCUAAAAUUGGUAAAUUGCAAUAUGUACCAUAAGCUAAUUAGCUUAAAAGUUAACUACAGAUUUUUUUAAUUAGACUAUUAUGCAUUUCAACUUUUUGCGCAAGUAAUGACUGCCUCUUCGAGAAUACCAGCUCAUGGACUAUAACUGUGCUAUUUGCCACAGGCAACUUAAAAAAAAAUUGUGAAAGGGUUCGCUGAACCACCCUGUAUAUGUAUAUAUUUUUAGACGGCACCCUGUUCUGCUUGUUCUUCUAAAAAGCCGAAUACGAAGAUGUAACUGAUUGGUGAAUCACUGUCAGCAUUGUCUAUAUAGUGAAACUUGCCUCAUGUUUGUUUGUUUUUAUUAUUUUUUUUUCUUUACAGCCCUUGCACCCACUUUGAAAUAAAUUAUCC